GUUGGGGGAAUAAUUUACACUUUCUUCUUAAUUCUCUUGUUAACGUUUUCUCGAGAAACAAACACCACAUAAAAAAUCCUCCUUUUUAUCUGGAGCCAGUUUAUACAUAAUAAUAUAUACGUAUAUUUCUCUGAUAUAUAACAAUACCAAAACUUUCCUUCCUCAACACAUUCCUUCUCGUCUCACCAUAUUAGAUCUAUUUCUUUCCUUUCUCUUCUUCAUCUUGCAGGUAAAUAUCGACCCAGAUCCAUUUUUAGCUCAAAUCAAACCCAGAAGUUUUCUCUCCAAUUCCCCAUGACUACGCCUUUACUAAAAGCAGUCACGCUAACCCACGUCCGGUACCAAAGAGGUGAUCAGCUGGGUCACUUCCUGGCGUGGAUUUCAUUAGUACCAGUCUUCAUAAGCCUCGGCGGUUUCGUCUCCCAUUUCAUCUUCCGCCGUGAGCUUCAAGGUAUUUUCUUCGCUCUGGGUCUCUUGAUUUCCCAAUUCAUAAAUGACCUAAUCAAGGCAUCGGUCCAGCAAGAUCGGCCCGAGACCUGUGUUAUGCUCGAAAUGUGCGACUCUCAUGGCUGGCCUUCGAGCCAUUCCCAAUACAUGUUCUUCUUCGCUAUGUAUUUCACUCUCUUAACCUUCAAAACAACUGGGGUUUGGGAUACUAAGAAGAGGGUGUUUGUGAAUCUGCUCCACUGGUCAAUGGCACUUCUGACUAUGUAUUCCAGGGUCUAUUUGGGGUACCAUACAGUGGCUCAGGUCUUUGCUGGUGCUGCUCUUGGGAUCAUAGUUGGGGCUAGUUGGUAUUGGAUUGUAAAUUAUGUGCUUUACGUAUAUUUCCCAGCCAUUGAAGAGAGUUCAUUUGGGCGUUUCUUUUAUAUCAAGGACACUUCUCAUAUACCCAAUGUCUUGAAGUUUGAGUAUGACAAUGCCAGAGCUGCAAGGGUGGCUUCUAAAGAUGAUUGAAUUGAUCAAAAACGCAACUGGUGUUGCUGGAAAACAUCUGUAGCUUCCUUUGUGAUUAUUGUGUUUUGCAAUACAAAUUGGAGCUGUAUCGAAUUUUAUAACUCCAUCCCUUAGUGCAUGCUCUUCAGAGGAUACAAAACUUAAACAAUUUUUCUUUGGAGAAAUUUUCUUUUGUUCUCCUAGUCUUAGUUGUUGUAAGACCUAAUAUAUUUUUCUUCAAUGAUAUUUAAAUCAUUGCCACAAAACAUAAAAAGGAAGUGACUUAGCUACUUCUGAGUACUAAUAAAAGAAACGUUUCACAGCCUUCCAAGUA